AUGGAACAGCAGAGAACUCUCUCCGGUUCUUCGCAGAGCCCUAGAUCUCCGUCCUCGUCGCAACCUUUUCUCUCCGUCUCCGUCACCGAUCCCGUAAAGCUCGGCAAUGGCGUCCAAGCCUACAUCUCCUACCGCGUCAUAACCAAAUUAUAUUGUGAUCUGUUUCCGAGGGUAGUUCAUAGAGAAAAGGCAUUUGGACACGUAAGCCAAUUGGAAGUCUCCAUUGGAGUGUCCAUCAUUGAAGUGCGAAUAAUGGCCGUGUUCAUCAGUAGAAUGCAUUCCAAAUCAUGGACAAAUUUCCCUGAAUACCAAGGACCUGAGAAGAUUGUCAUCCGACGUUACAGUGACUUUGUCUGGUUACGUGAUCGCCUUUUUGAGAAGUACAAAGGCAUUUUCAUUCCCCCUCUUCCAGAGAAAAGUGCUGUAGAGAAAUUUCGUUUCAGUGCUGAAUUUAUUGAAAUGAGGCGGCAAGCAUUGGAUGUAUUUGUAAAUAGGAUAGCAUCACACUGUGAACUUCAACAAAGUGAGGACCUGCGGUUGUUUUUGCAGGCAGAAGAAGAGACAAUGGAACGAUUAAGGUCACACGAGACUGGCAUAUUCAAGAAGAAGCCAGCCGAUCUGAUGCAGAUUUUUAAGGAUGUGCAAUCUAAAGUGAGUGAUGUUGUCCUUGGAAAAGAGAAGCCCGUAGAAGAAACAGAUCCUGAGUAUGAAAAGAUGAAACAUUACAUCUUUGAGCUCGAAAACCACUUGUCUGAAGCUCAAAAGCAUGCAUACCGUCUUGUCAAGAGGCACAGAGAGUUGGGACAAUCACUGUCUGAUUUUGGAAAAGCAGUAAAACUUCUGGGUGCUUCUGAAGGAAAUGCUCUUGGGAAAGCAUUUUCUGAACUUGGGAUGAAGUCAGAGAUUUUAUCAGCCAAGCUGCAAAAGGAGGCUCAUCAGCUCUUGAUGAAUUUUGAAGAACCUUUGAAGGAUUAUGUCCGUGCUGUACAAUCUAUUAAGGCAACAAUAGCAGAGAGGGCGAGCGCCUUCAGAAGACAAUGUGAACUGGCUGAAACAAUGAAGCUAAAGGAGAUUAACCUUGACAAGCUCAUGCUGAUUCGAUCUGAUAAAGUUGCAGAAGCUGAGCAUGAAUAUAAAGAGGCAACAGAGAGUGAACAGGCAACAAAGACAUUUGAGACGAUUGUGAAACUAAUGAAUCAAGAGAUGGAGCGUUUUCAGGAACAGAAAACAUUAGAUAUGGGGAUUGCUUUCCAUGAAUUUGCCAAAGGUCAGGCACGUCUUGCAAAUGGUAUUGCAGACGCGUGGCGGAGUUUGCUUCCGAAACUGGAAGCAUGUUCCUCCCUCGUAGAGAAUUAA